AUGCGGUGUGCGAGUAAGGCCGCCGAAAGCGCGUCCGCACGUCUCUGUGCGGACGCCGAAGCAGAAACCACAGCAACUAUUGUCUCAUCGGUUGCUGAGGCGACCCAGCCUGUGUCACCUGGUGAUGCAGGCGCUCGUCGUGAAGACACUCAUGUCUUCACAGAGUAUGAGCUCGGUGUCCAAUACUCUCCCGAUACGGAAGACGAAUCCGUAUCGACGGCGAUCGAAACCAAUCCGCCUGCCAAGCGUGGCAUGGAUGAUGCUAUGCGUCGUAGCAUCUCGGUUCAUAUGACGAAUCAGAUGAAACAUCGCCGAAGCGAAAGCGCUCGAGGUCGCACGACUCGGGCGCUCACAGUGGUGUCGGUUCUCCUAUUUACACCACUUCGCAACGAGGUGCCAGUACAUCUGUCGGCACGUCGCAAGAAGAGCAAGACCGCAGAUCUAUCACCUUAA